AAGGGGGGAAGACCCUAUUCUUUAUAUCGACUUUUAUUGUGUGUGGAGGUCAAUGUACACUUUACGAUUUGUUCAGUGUGUGUCUAAUCUAAACGGUCGAUGGUUUGUGUAACACAUGUAACAUUCAUGUCAUCAAUUGUCAUUUAAUUGAUUGGAUUUUAACAGAAUUUAGCUUACAAAAUGUCGGUUAUAUGUUUUCGAUGUUGUCGGAAGGGCAUGAGUAGCUCUACUAAAAGAGGGGCUGCCCCUGGAGCUCCAGGAGUGGGGCUCAAGAUUCCGCCCCCAGGGAUGUCAAAUAACGGCAGUGGUCCCCCACCUCCAUUAUCCUAUCAAAGUGAACCUGUCGACGAUGAAAACAUGAACGAACUAAUAGUCGAGAUGUUGGAGUUGGAAAUUAUUUUACCAAACGGUCAGACAACACAAAUGGUUGUACAUCACAGUAUACCCAUGAUGGAUUUAUUAAUUCAGUUGGCCGCUAAAAAUAAAGUAAACCCGUCAGGAUAUACGUUAGUUGUCAUAUCGGAAGAGACUGGACGACCGAUAGACUAUAAGGCAAAUCAAACUGUCGGUUCAAUCGGCAGUCAGACGAUUCGUCUCGUCCCUAAAAAGGGAGAAGCUGACAAAAUUUCAGGGAAAUCUAUGAAAGGGAAAUCCUCGCAACCGUUUGAGAUGACCCAUCGUUUUACUGUCAAUCUACCACGAAAUCAGAAGAUGGUCAGUCGCAUCAGCCCUGCGACACCUCUCGAUCAGCUCUUCAAUAAAGUUUGCCAGGAGAAGAACUUGAAUCCUGCUAAUUACAUGUUUCAACACGCAGGAAAUCCAAAUAUGAAACUAGAUCUACGAAAGAUGACUGUUGGUGAUUUGAAGGCUAAUGAAGUUAAUUUUAUUCCUAGUGCAAUGAUAGAUAACGCAAAAUCGAUGCCAGACCUGAGUCGUUCUGAGUCUUCACGUGAACGUGAACAUGCACCAACGUACAUGCCUGGAGUCAGUGAACCAAAGAAAAAACGAGGUUUCCUUUCGUUCUUGAAAAAAGAUAAAAAAUUCAAAUUAAGUGAAGCCGAUUAUAAAACAGAAUCAACAUCAAAAGCUUCUGCAUCAACAUCCACACUAAAACCACUAACACCUCCCCCAGAGCGUAAAAACGCAGACAAUUCACAGACAGUUCGACCCAAGUCUAUGUUCGCGUCAUCAAAACCAAGUGAAAUAUCAAUGCUCAAAGAAAACGGAUUUAGUGAACCCUUAAAGGAGAGUACAAACACGAACACGAACACACUGCCUAAAGCACCCCAUAGGACAGGUAAAAAACGUCAUGCACCUCCGCCUCCCCCGACAGAAGUUACCCCAUCCUCCUCCUCCUCUCAAGUACCUCCUUCUGUAAGAACAGUGCAAGUGGUCGUAGACGAACAAAGAACAGAAACGCAAUCGCAGGACAGAGUGGUGAAAACAUCGGACAAUAAAAAUGGUCCUGAAAAUGUGAAUCAAAGACUCCAUUCUAGGAAUAGUUCAGAUUCUAGUGGAUAUCACGAAUUAACUCUGAGUGGGGCCGAAUCGCCCGAAGCUGGUCGCGUGAAAAGUACGUUUAAGACGAGUAUAGAUACGACGUCGAUAGAAAGUGCCGAUAAUAAUAACGAUAGUGGAGUAACAGACCUACAACCAUCCCAUAAUUCCUCAUUGGCUAAAAAUAUGGCUGCUGGUGAUAGUCAGACAUUGCCGUUAAAUCGUGGAAUAAGUAAACCUCCGCGUCAACGAUCACAUUCUCUAGAACGUAAAGAUGAUAAAUCAACUCCUGUUUCCGUCAAACCAUCAACGAAGAAGAAACGUGCACCGGCUCCACCACAACCUGGAGUAGUGAAGGUGCCACAAUUACCAAUACAUGAAGAGUUAUCAGCCCCUGAAGAACCGGUCAUAGAAUCAUCUAGUCCACAACCCGUUGUAUCUGUUACACCAGUAGAAAAUUUACGAGAACAACAUGAAAUAGAGUUAUCAACAUCUAUACAUAAUGAUGAUGUCGACCUGGUGACAGCGGGAGAAAUAAAGGCUGCAGACAUCAGUGUAUUCCACGAAGAUUCAACCAAUCAGCAAAUGAGUAGAGAAGAAGAGGAUGCACUGAUGACAGAGAGGGCAUCACUCUGUAGUGAAGAUAUCGACAAUAUUUUAAUUGUACAACCUAAACCACUGCGACCAUGUUCGUUUGUGGCCCCACCCCCACCAUUAGAGCCCCCACCAGAUAUGAGCCCUGAAAAGGAAUAUGUAGAUAAGGGUGUGGUUGUUAAUGAAGAUAAUUCGUCGUUAGCACCAGGAAGUUUGAAAGGAUCUCCAGUUAGCAUGCAUAGCCGAAUGAGCAGUCGGUCGAGUAUUGGCUCCGUUAACACGAUAGAAGAUGUAAGCCUAGAUUUUGAACGAACUAUAGCACUAGGAGAGGAAUAUUUACAGGCUGAUAAUAGAGAGAAUGAUGACGGGUAUAAAACAGAAAUGGCUAGAUUCGUUCAACAGAUGACAAAAUUAACAGUGGGUUCCGACCAGGACAGCAAUAACCUGUCAGACAGUGCCAGUUUCACACCAUCCAUACAGGAUACGGAAGAAUCUGAAACCGGUUCCGUUAUUCAUCAUAGUUCAGAACCUAGUGACGUCAUUCCACCUGUCGAACCAUCAGAUACGGACUCAUUGACAGAAUCAGAAAUCAGUACACAGGAAGAUGCAGAGCGACGUGAAAAGGAACGUCAAGCGAGAUUAAGUGCUAUCUUUAGUAACACUUACGACAGCUGGGAAGAACCUCCCACCCAAGAAGAGGAGGUCACUUCUCCUCGUGACUCCAAAUCAAUUGGCCAUGCAAUCAAUCAAAAACUUCUAAGUCCAUCAGAUGAUAUCAUUAAGGAAUUGACGUAUGAUAUACCCGAAAACUUAACCAUUCAACCUCCACCCGAGUUCCAGAACGAACCCACAGAAACAGAAACGCCGAAAGCAGCACCGCAAGUAGAAGAGGAGGAAGAAGAAGAGUGGUCGGAAGUUAUCGAAGAGGUUUAUCACCUUGGACCAUCGUCAAGCUACACUUUCGGAGGAGCUUAUCAUAAAAUCCCUGACUUUGAAACUAAAAAGGAACCUGACUCGCCAAAAUCAAAAUCAUCAAAAUCCUUGUCGUCAUUCUCAUAUUAUAAAGAACCGGAAUUAAAAACGGUCGAGAUCACGGCCACACCUGCUCCUCGAGAAAAAGAAGAAUUUGUGUUGACUACAAGUGACUUGGCUAAUGUUAACUUUGUGGCGUCGCCCCCGAUGAAAAAUCGUAUUUCAAAAUCAAGUAAACGACCUAGUCGUUCUGGUAGUUAUAUGCAACCUAAGUAUGUCGAAGAAAAUUAUGGAAUCAACGAGAGCGUCAAAUCACGAAUUUCUGAUCUUAGUUUUACGCAAAAUUCAGAGAAUGAGGUAGAAACUGUUUUAGAAGAUAAAUCAAUAUCUGUGAUGAACAUGCCGACUAUGAGACAGUCACCACGAGCUGUAAGUCCUGUAAAUCAUCAUAUCCAUACGUCGUCUACAAGUCUGAAUAUAUCUGGUCCUAGAAAGCUAACACCAUCUGGUUGGGUUAAUGAACAUGUCAGCGAACCGUCAACUAACACAGCUUACAACUAUUCAUCAACGCCUGUCAGAUCUGUUAACCAGGAUAAUUCGGGUCCUAGAAAGCUAACACCAUCUGGUUGGGUUAAUGAACAUGUCAACGAACCAUCAACUAACACAGAUUACAAAUAUUCAUCAACGCCUGUCAGAACUGUUAACCAGGAUAAUUCACCGUCAAAACAUCAAAUUGCUACUAAAACAUACUCCCGACUACUUACGCCAUCUGGUUGGCAAUCACCGUCGCCCACACCUCAAAAUGAACCGGCUGAGAUUUCUCCUGUUAACGAUUCGAUGGACGAAGCGAAGAUGGCACAGUACGAUCAACUACAACAACAGUUCAAACAAUGGCAAGACCAGCUCAAGAUGAAUCAAAGUCUUCUGGCAAGUCAGCAGAUGUCACCAGAAAACCAGGCCAUGCAGGCACAGAUGCAGAUGCAGAUCAAGAUGCAGCAGAGUAUGAUGGAACAAUUACAACAGAGCAUGCUAGCUCUGACUCAAGAUUCCCCAUCUAUAAGUCAAAACAAUUCCACGACAGCGUCACCUCCACCCCCUCCACCAGUAACCAUGGUGACAACCACACCUAAGGUCAAUAAAUCAAGUACUCCAAAGAAAUAUGAUAAACGAUUUGAACGACAGUUAGAUCCACGGGAGGAGCUGAUGAUCGCCAUUAGAAAGUUUGGUGGACAGACUGGGUUUGAUCAGAUUCCAAAAUGAAGAAUUUUCUUUGUCUACUAAUAUAGAAUUUUACUGGUUAAUAGUGCACAAAAAAGCCUUUUCAAUUAUGGUGCUGAAAAACAAGUGUUUUAUGGAAGUGUUUUGACAGAGUGUUUUAUGUGACGACAGUUUGAAACAAUGGCUGGUUAUAAGAAGACACCUGUAACUACAACAAGUUUUAUUUUUGUGUUGUCACUCACAGGUAUUUGUGGAAUUGUAAACUUGAUUCACAGGUAUUUGUGGAAUUGUAAACUUGAUUCACAGGUAUUUGUGGAAUUGUGAAUUGUAAAUCAAAAUAGUAACCUCCCUGAAGAUCAAAUAAAUGUGUGAUUCAGUUCUGUCGUGGCUAUAUUCACGAUAGCAUUAAAUGACAUUUGGCGUCAACGAAAUGCUGUGUAAAAUUAACAUGAGAAGGAAUGAUGGCCCGAUUCAUUAUACUGAGAAGGAAUGAUGACCCAAGUCAUUAUACUGAGAAGGAAUGGUAGAUCUAGUCAUUAUACUGAGACGUAAUGACGGUUCAAGUCAUUAUUCUCAGAAAGAAUGGUAGAUUUUGUCACACUGAGAAGGAAUGAUGAUCCAAGUCAUAAUACUCCAAAGGAAUGGUAGAUCUAGUCAUUAUACUAAGAACGAAUGACGGUUCAAGUCAUUAUACUCAGAAGGCAUGAUGGUCAAGUCAUAUUGAAAAGAAUGGCAAUUCAAGACAUUCCACUGAGAACGAAUGAUGGUUCAAGUCAUUAUACUGAGAAGGAAUGACGGUCAACUGUGAGGCUCGUACUCUUCUAGGAUCUGUCGGAACGUGAUGCCGCCUCAAAAUCAGAAAGAAGUCGGACACCAUUUUGUGUAUGAAUUAAAUGGUGUGAUUAGAUUUAAAUAUACAAAAUUGUGAAUACAGAUAUUUUCUAAAACUGUAUAUUUGAUGUUUAAUUUAAAAUACUUAUUAUGCAAUAUAUUUGAUAUUUAACUAGUAGUUAUUAGUACAAUUCUAUAGAUUAAUAUAUAUAUAUAUAUAUAUAUCAUGUAUAUAACCUAAUAAGGAAGAGAUAUAUAUAUUGUAUAUUUGGAAUUGAUGUAUAUUAGGUUAUAAGGAAGAAGAUAUAUGUAAGGAAUAUGUAUGUGUAUUACCUAUUAAGGUAGAUAUUAUGAAUAUAUAUAUAUAGUACUGAUGAUGAAUAUGUAUAUUUUGAAUUAAUGUGUAUUACCUAAUAAGGAGUUAAUAUUAUGUGAAUGAAAAAAGUACCACCUAAUAUGUAUAUUUGACACAAGUGUGGUAUAUUGUAUACAAUAUAUUUGUAUAUUUGAUACAAGUGUGGUAUAAUAGUAUACAAUAUAUUCGUAUAUACAACACUAACCAACUAUAUUAUUAUUAUAUUGUAAAUAAGAACAAGUUCUUCGUACUGGUAAAAAAAAUACAAAAUAAGUUAAAGACAAGAAGACGAGAUAUUGGAAUAUAUAUAAUCAUAUAUAAUCUUGAAAAUGAACAAACGGUAAAUAAUUCCAUAUACAUUCCCAAGAUUAAAUUGUAAAUAAAUUAUCACAUAUAUUUAUACUAAUCAAAAUAUUUUUAAAUGAUUAAAUAUGUUGAAACUAAUUAAAUGUUGUACAUUUCCAUCACAGCCAAAAAAAAAAAAAAGAAUUCUUCAUGUAUAUUUUGAUUUGAAGUUUCAACUGUUUAAAUAGUUUUUGGAGAUAAUUAAUAUUAUACCUGUGUUUGAUGAACUAGUGAUAGUAUGCAGGUAGAUCUAUAUUGAUUACAUUUAGACAGGUGCUAGUUGUUAUACAAUGAUUAAAUCUGUGACCGAUCAAACCAGUCCUCUCAUGCCAGUCCUCUCAAACCAGUCCUCUUAUUCCAGUCCUCUCAUUCCAGUCCUCUCAAACCAGUCCUCUCAAACCAGUGAAAUUGAUGACAUCAAAUUAGAAUAUCAAAUGUGUAAAAGCACUUAAAAAUUUGUUCUAUUUUUGGGAAAGAGAAUUUUGAAUAGAAAGAAAUGAAAUGAAAUUGUGUUUAACAUCCUUCUGCUGUGACUGGGCUAAUGACUAUACAGAUCUCAAUAACUGUUUAUUACUGCACAUUGUUUCGACUAGGCUUCUCUAGUCAUUAUCAAGCAAUCAUAAAAUAUGGAAUAUAUUUGUUUUUUUUAACAUGUAUAUUUAUCAUCGCUUGAUAAUGACUAGAAAUGUCACUUAGUAAUAAACAGUAAUUUUAUUCCUGUCACCUGUGUACUUCCAGGUCAAUUACUAAAUGCAAUUAAAACUAUUUGAGCUAAUGAAUACAGGCAUACGCACUACAGUGUGUCAUUAGUGGAAAUUUUGUCCAGUCUGUUCUUGUAUCAAAUUCCAACUGCCACGGUUCUUUUAAAUGCAUGCUAAUGUAUACACAGGGGCCUCAUUUUUUUGUCUCAUCCAAAGGACUAUAUACUGUCCCUUGCCAGGCCCUCUGUCCUGCAUCACUGACAAGGGGGAACCAUGCCGGAAAAUCAACAUAAACUUUCUUGGCCAACACCGGGAUCGAACAUAGACCCUCCAGGUUAGCAACCCAACUUCUUACUCACUGAGCCGCUGUGGCUCCCUUGUUGAGAAAGACCCAGUUCAGACUUUGAUACAUUAAGAUUACUCAGCAGAGGAUAGGAAAUGUCUGGUUGACUGUGACAAAUAGUAAAGUUAGGAGAGUCUGGUUGAUUGAGACAGUUUAGAGAGUCUGGUUGACCGUGACAAAUGGAAUUUAAAUCGGUUGUAUUCCUUGUCUUCCAUUAAAAAUCAUUUGUUGUUUAAAAAAUAAAAUUGAAUCAGUUUUAUUCUAUUCAUAAUUUUUGUAUUUGUUGAGAAUCAUGAUAGCAGUAAAACAUCACCUGAUUAUACUUAAAUCUUUAACCUUUUUUUUACUAAUUUGUAAAUAAUUAUAUAUUACUUUAAAAAAACAAAUUCCAAGUUUUUAUUGCUGUAAAAAGUUUAUCAAAUCAAACUUGAAUCCCUACAUUUAUCAUUGUUUUUUUAUUUCAUAUAAUAAAUAACAUGUUUAACAAACCUGUAAAUUGUCCUCAAAAUGAAUUCCACAUAUUCCUCAUUUUGUUUUUUAGUUUUAGGUUUGUUUUUUUUAGUUCUCACCACUCAGCGAUAACCUUUUCACCUCGGUGAUAACCUUUUCACUUAGGUGGAAACCUUUUCACUUCGGUGGAACCCUUUUCACUUAGGUGGAAACCUUUUCACUUCGGUGGAAACCUUUUCACCUAGGCGAUAAAGCACGUGUUACUAACUGGCCUUGUUUUCAUGCGUGCAAACAUGGUGGUUCGAGAGAAGAGCUUGGUUGAUGUAAGCCUGUUUACUGUCAAUUAUUCAUGUCUUUGGUUUUAUAAGUAUUGUACAACUAACACCUGAGUUCCCACCUAGGUGAAAACGUUUACACCUUGGUGAAAAGGAUUCCACCUAGCUGAAAAAAUUUUCACCUGGGUGAAAACUAAAAAAAAAAAAACCUAAAACAAAACCUUAAGCUACAAAAUAUUUAAAAGUGGUAUAUAGUGACAUAUCAAUUUAAAGAUGUAAAAUUUAGGAAAAGGAGGAAUUUUGUUUUCAAUGGUACACAAUUUUUGAUAUUAUAUAUUAUGUAUGUAAUUGACUAAGGAUAUAAUACAAUUAUUUUUGUCUAUGUAUAAUUAGUACGAUAUAGAAACACAGAUUAGAUUUUAUUUAAAUAUUUGAGAUUCAUCAUUAAAUAUACUCUUCAAAUCAGUGAUCAUUAAUUAUUUUAUUAAAUUAAAACUAAUCUUAGAAUUUACUAACAUAGAAUAAAAUUAAGCAGUAAUUUUAAUAUGAUAAUGAUUAUGUAAUAUCUCAUAAAUCUGAUAUAUCAGUUAAAAUAUACUACAUUGUAUCAACUGGCAAAUAUUUCUUUGAUCUGCUGUAUUACACAGUAAAGUUGACACCAUUGACUCAUCAACAAGGAGAGAGAGAGAAAUGGGGUUUAACGUCCACUCGACACAAACUAGGUCAUUUCAGGACGAACACAUGGCUCAAUUUUAUUUCAAUAAUUUGCUUGCACGUAGGGGUCUUUAGCAGUGGGAGAAAACAGGAGGACCCGGAGAAAACCCACGAGGUUGGACAGGCGACCCUACUCCUUGUCAAGUGUUUGGACUACCGUAUAAGAUUUGAUAUAUUAAAAUAUAUCAAAUGUUUGGACUACUGUAUAAGAUUUGAUAUAUUAAAAUAUCAAGUUCUUGGACUACCGUAUAAGAUUUAAUAUAUUAAAAUAUCCUACAUUAUAGAACUUGGAAAGAUAACUCUGUUCUUUGGGUGUAUGGCCCUUGUUGAAAAUUACAACUGUGGAUUUUGUUGAAGGUGAUUAUGCCCUUUUAGUAGUUACGGAAUAUACUCAGAGAAAUAUACUCAACAAGUUAAACCUAGCUUAUGUUGCCCUACGACGCGACAAAACUCACGACGAAUCGAAAUCGGCGACUUGUCUCCUAUGACUGGAGACAGCUAGUUGUCCCUAGUCACAGGCGACAUGAGCUCACCUACGACUACCUUGAGUUGGCGCUAUGAUGAGAUAGCCAAUAUAUUCGGUAAUUUAGUCACAUGUUAACAAACAUGGUGGACAAGUGGAAUGAGGUCACUUUGAAGGUUAUCACAUGGUAGUUAUGUGAUCAGUUGUGGCUGCGAUUCUGCAACUGACGCCAGGUGACAUGAGCGCGCCUGCGACUAUGAUCAACUGAUUGCUUGUGGUUGCGUCCAGUCAUGGAUGAAUUCAGUCGUAGUGACAUCAGUUCUCAGUUUUAUUUUGUCAUAGGGCGACAUAAGCUAGGCUUAAAAUGCAGUAAUCCAAAUAUUUUAACUAAUAUUAAUUUGGUAUCUGAGUUAAAUGUUAGGAUUACCCGGUACCCCACCAAAUUUAUUACAGUUAUAUCACAGGGGCCUGUUUCACAAAAUUUUAACUAACAUAAAAUCCAAAUUUUAGUAAUUUGAUUGGAUAAUAUUAGAUUAAUUUUAGUGAUUAACCAAUCAAAAUUGAAGUAUCUACUAAAAUUUGGAUUUUAUCUUUAAGAUUUCAAGAAACAGGGCUCUGGUUUGUAAAGGCCUAUUUUUAUAUAAGAGAAUAUGAACUUUACGUAGAAAAAUAAGUUCAAUUACUACGCAUUGUAAAAGAUUAAAAUUAUUUUAUUUUGUUGAGAUUAAAAUAGGUUUGAUAAAACUGUUUUGAUGAGAACAAAAAUUAUUUACCAGUAGGCCUACAGCUUUUGUCUUUUCAGAAAACCAGAGUUGUUGGGUACUUUCCCAGCUAAAGUAAAUUGGAGAGUGAGGGUGGGGGUGUUAUUUCGAAAUGUGAUAUUGCCAGACUAAUGGCAAACCAAAGGUUUGAGAAAAAUAAGCUUUGGGUCUUAUGAUGCUCGGAAUGCUUAAAAUUAGAUCUAUUACAAAUUAUUGUGAUAGUGAGGUAGUUAAUUGAAGUUCUACCAGGUUUUAUCCAGGAAUAUCUAAGAGGUGAGAGGUUGAUAUUAAAAACAAAAUGUCUUUCAAAUUCAUGCUAAAAAUGUCGCAUAAUUUAAAAUUGAGCUGUUUUCUGGCUUUUUGUAGCAUUGUGUAGAUUUAAUUAGAGAGAAAAGAUUUUUUAUAAGAUGUAUAUAGAAAGUCGUAAUUAAUAUAUGUGACCAGUUAGAAUUAUAAAUAUAUAUUAUAUAUCUGUUUUUUAAAAUAAAGGGUUAUUUGAUUCAUUCA